CAACAAACCAAACUUCAUCUGAGAGUACUUGUAGCUGACAAGAGUUGAAGAAGAAGAAAUUACUACUUGUUCACUAUAUAUUAAUUAUUCAACAACUCCUUUUUUUGUCUACUAAUUAAUUUCCCCAUAUUUCAUUGUAUGGUCAUGAUGGAAUUAAUGGAUUCAUGUAAAAGAUCAAGUGGAGUUCAAAUUCCAGUAUUUGGAGAUUGGGAUAAAGCAAAUGAGCUGCCAAUUACCCAGUAUUUUGAGUCUGCUAGACAAGCUGGCUUGAUUCCUCAUUCUUCUUCACAACAACUCUAUUUCCACAAAACUCAAUUUUAUGCUAUCCCUAAUAAUGUUCCUCACACAAAGACAAAGGGAGCAGCAAUAAAUAAGAAGAGGUGUGGUGGAAAAGUAGAGAAAACAAGUGGGCCUCAAAGACAGACAGCCCAGCGGCCCACUAACCCUAAACCUGUGGAUGAAGAUCUCUACAAAAUUCCUCCUCAUCUACUUCCUGGAUAUAAAAGAAAGAGAAUGUUUGGAUUCUUCUCAAGAUGCCUUGCUCCCCCUUGCAAGGCAUAGAUAGGUACACAAUUUGCCCCAUGGGAGAUUUUGAUACAAUUUGCAACAACAUCUCAACUCCUAGAAGGCGCGCGCCAAAGGAGGAGAGAUUGAGAAAUGGCGUUUCUCUUAUUCGUAUUAAUAACAACAACUAAUAUAGGAGGAAUGUUUUAUAUGCUUUGUGCACCAGUCAUGCUCAUUUUUCUUUUAGUGUAAGAGCUAAUUCCACCUUCUUUGUAAUGGGUUAAAUGUUUGAUGUAACUCUAAACCUUGACUCUUUUUCUUAGCCCCUUCAUCAGUAAGGAAUAUAAUUUGACUAAA